UUGUGACUGUGUAGCAUGGCAUUAUGUGGGGAUGCUAGAUUUCACUGUUGCUUUGAGUUCAUUGUGAGUAAUACUGCAGAACAUAAGCUGCUUAGCAUUGGUCCAACUGAACCAUGGUCCAUUCGGGAGAAGCUCUGUCUUGCCUCGUCUGUUAUGAGAAGUGGAGAUCAAAACUGGGUAUCAGUUAGCAGAGCUAUCAAGCCGUUUGCAGAACCUGGGCGUCCUCCUGACUGGUUCUCUCAGAAGCACUGUGCGUCUCAAUAUUCAGAACUGCUGGAAACAACUGAGACACCAAAACGGAAACGUGGAGAAAAAGGUGAGGUUGUGGAGACAGUAGAGGAUGUUAUUGUUCGUAAACUUACAGCAGAAAGGAUUGAGGAGCUGAAGAAAUUUAUCAAGGAAUCUCAGGAGAGAUACAGAAAACUCAAGAAAGAAGUGGAGUUAAUUCAGGCUGGACACCUUGAUAACAAAUUGGAAGAAGUAUGGAAUGAGAACAUGAUGAGGAAGAAACAGGAAGACGAGGAAGCUGAGAUGAAGAGGAAGGCUACAGAGGCUGCCUAUCAAGCUCGCCAAGCAGCAAAAAAUGCUCCCAAGAGAUUGCCAGGUGCAGCAGGGCGAUCUCCAUUGGAUGCCUGCUCCCCUGGGGCCGACUACAGCUUUGUGGAUUUGUCCCAGCCUGCUGUGGGUGAAGGAAGUAGUUUAACUUUAGGGUCUUUGGGCACUGCAUCGGAUACAGCCUUUCUUGAGGUCAUAGAGACCCCUCUGCUUUCCUCUGCUCCUCAGGAACCCUCCCUGCCACCUGGGAUGGAUGAGUCGCCCCAGAAAAAGCUCUUGGUGCAGAAAGUGACCCCUCCCCCUUCCCCACUGCUCUCCAAGUUGCUGAAGAAAGGCAGCAACUACAGCUUCCUGCCCACCAGCCCCCAGCUCGUGGGUGAAAGUGAAGCAACGGUGACCAUCAGUCAUGGAAAUACUGCAGCUGGUCUCAUGGAUAUUGGAGGAGUCUUUCCACUCAUUCAUGGUACGGAGCUUCAACUGGCAACCAGCACUGUUCCAGCAUCUACUGCUGCUUCAGGAGCCCCUACACUCUCCCGGCUUUUAGAGGCAGGUCCCACGCAGUUCAGCCCUCAGCUAGCUUCUUACCCUUCUGUUUCCAGCGAGUCUGUGGUCAAACCUGGGCAGCCCUCUAUAGAGUCUGUCUCACAGCCUACAGUGAUGACACCGUCUUCUACGCAAACAACACCAGUGGUGUCCGAGAACACAGUGGCAGUGUCUGAUGGUCCUUUUACCUUAAGAAAGCCACAGCUUCUGUUUAACUCACCAGUGAGUGAACCUGUGCCAUGUGAGUCUGGUUCAGUGGAAGCACCUGCAAUGAGGUUGUCUUUGGACAGCAGUGACAUUUCUAUGAUGCUGGACUCUAUCAAGAAAGAGUGCCUGCUUCCUGGAAUGUCUGACAACCUGGGGGAUGAUAAAGAGGAUGGGCUAGAUGAGAAGGAGGAUCUUGACCUAGCUGACAAGAUGGACAUUCCUUCUAUUCCAUAUUCUGGAGAUGAACUUGAUCUGGGAACUGUGGGUGAUAUAAUAGCCAUCAUUGAAGAAAAGGUGGAUGACCCUCCCGAUGUGCUUGACGCUGCUGUUGUUGAAGCUGCCUUGUCCUUAUGUGAGGAAAGUGAUGACUCUCAUUCCCUGACUGGUCCAUGGGAGACUCACCUGAAGGAGGAAGUAAAGCAGGAAGCAAUAGAACAGUGCCUCCUGGCAAUGAAGGAAGAAAAAGAAGAAAGUGAAGAACAUGUGACAGAAUGUAUAAUUAAAAGUUGUGAAACUGUUGAGCAAGUGGAAGAGCAGUGUGAAUUAGAAAAAAGACAUAUAAAGCAGGAAUCUCCUGGAUUGGAGCAAGUGAAGGAUGUCCAGGAAGAAACUGCAGAACCAGUAGUCACAGACCUUGAAGAGAAAGAGGAUUUUUCAGCUGAAGAAACAGAAGCUGCAGUAAAGGUCGAGGAGGAAACCACCACAAGCAGAUUAACUACAGAGGUUUCUUCUGCUGAAAUGUCUUCUUCUCCACAUGUGAAAAGCUCCAGUGAAGACCUUGGAGAGCCUGAGGAGGAGCCAUUGGGAGCAGAAGAUGCAUUGAAAGAGGAGAUUGAUACUGAUGCAAAAUGCCAUUUGCAGGAUCCUCAUGGUGAUGGGGAGAGGGAUGAAGAGGAAGAUGCUGCCAGUGAGGCAGCUAGCUACGAUGAGCAUGACGAGCAUGAUGAACAUGAUGACCACGAUGAACAUGAAGAACAUAAAGAGGAGGAUCCAGGCGAGCUUUCCAUGUCAGAGACUGAGAAUGAACCUGCAGCCAGUGAAAGUGAGGAUGGUUACAGUGUCCAUAAUGUGCCUGUGCCAUCACACAUGCUGGGAGACUCCAUUCCCAGUAGCCCUGCCUCUUCGCAAUUCUCUGUUUGUAGUGAGGAUCAGGAGGCAAUCCAAGCACAGAAGAUUUGGAGGAAGGCCAUCAUGUUGGUUUGGAGAGCAGCAGCCAAUCACAGGUAUGCCAAUGUGUUCCUUCAGCCUGUGACUGAUGACAUUGCACCUGGGUACCAUGGCAUUGUGCACAGACCCAUGGAUCUCUCGGCAAUCAAAAAAAAUAUUGAGAAUGGUGUAAUCCGCACAACAGCUGAGUUUCAGCGAGACAUCAUGUUGAUGUUUCAGAAUGCAGUGAUGUACAACAGUUCUGAUCAUGAUGUGUAUCACAUGGCUAUUGAAAUGCAGCGAGAUGUCUUGGAACAGAUACAGCAAUUUCUCGCGACACAACUUAUCAUGCAGACAUCGGAAUCGGGAAUCAGCACCAAGAGCUUACGAGGACGGGACUCAACACGCAAACAGGAUUCCUCAGAGAAGGACAGUGUCCCCAUGGGCUCUCCUGCCUUCCUUCUCUCUCUCUUUGAUGGUGGUACUAGGGGACGUCGUUGUGCCAUUGAAGCUGACAUGAAAAUGAAGAAGUAACUCUGGAUUAGCCCUAAAUAGCAGAGUCAACAGUGUAACAUUCAAGGGUGGUCAGUGAACGAAUUUGAUGUGACCACAAAGAGUAUGGGUUUCCUAUAUGCCAUGGCUCUUUUGUUUACAUUGGAGAGAUGCAGCAUUCUGUCUCAGUGUGGAGUAAAGGACUCUUGCUGUUUUAAGUACAUAGUGCACUUUUUAGAAGUAACCCUUCCUGCAAAUGAAUGUGCUGAAAUCAAAAAAAGUUGUGUUAGCACUUUGUCAUUCUUUCCCAAAAAAGCACUAUGAAUGGGCUCCUCCAUUCAGUGAGUCAGAAAGUAGGUCGGAGCACAAGCUCACUAUACUAAGCAGCUGGUUAACUUUCCUGUUUUGGAAGUUAGGAGCUUCAAAUCAAGAAAUUCCAGUAAUGGAAUGGGCCAGCUGAAUUACUGGCAGCAUUAUAAGUAGAUCCUGUAAUCAUUUACUGCCAUGGCUGGAGUCUUGCACAUGUUCAGAGAGAGAGAGAGAGAGAGAGACAGACAGACAGCUAGUGAUAGUGUCGGAGGACCAUACCAAAUGCACUUAUGGUAUCAGAUUCAGAACCAGUGUUUGUUGUGUGCCUUCACCUGCACGGGUCAUACAGUUUCUACCCUGGCUAGCUGGGAACAGUGUUGUAGUCAAUGUGUAGUGUACAAUUUAUCUAUCUUGUAAUGAUGAACAUGAAAAGUACAAUAAAAUUAUCUGAAAGUCUAA